UCUUGACAUCCUUCUACUACAGUUAUUUUUAGUUAAGAGUCAUAUAUAGAGCAAGCAAGUAUGGAUCAUGUUGUGUGCAAGCAAGUUCAACCACUAGCUAGGAAAGGGAAGAAGAAACAUAAUGGUAAAGAUGAAUUCGAUCGUGUCAAACAAGCUGAGAAGAAGAAGAGACGUCUUGAGAAAGCUCUUGCUACUUCUGCAGCCAUCCGGGCUGAGCUGGAAAAGAAGAAGCAGAAGAAACUUGAAGAGCAACAGAGGUUAGAUGAAGAAGGUGCUGCAAUAGCAGAGGCUGCUGCUCUGCACGUCCUACUGGGCGAAGAUUCUGACGAUGCUUUAAUGCUUGGAGAGGUAAACUGUAACAAGAUUGAUCUGUUUAGAGGUGAAAGAACAAACUAUGUUCCUCGCCAGAGUUGCGCAAGCUAUGCGGUUCAAGGAGGGAUUGGGUUUCAGACGAACGUUUAUGGACGUGGAGAUAGUAACUGGUCUGUGCCAUACAAUCCAUCCAUGAGGGGUGCUUGGGAGAGCAACAACGUGGGAAUAUCUGCAGAUUUGAUUGCUGCUCAGGCUGUCUCGUCUCUGCACAUAUCUGAGAACAAUGAUAGGAACGCUUUUGUCUUCAAUAGGAUGUUUCAGGGAUGAUAAUUUGGCAUCAUGAUGCCAAAUUCAGCUGCUAUUAUUACUUAAUUCGCAUGUUAUUUAUUCUGCUUUCUUUUCUUGUAGCACUGCAAAGUGCGUUCUGAGUUGUAUACAUCAAUACCCAAUGUCAUACCUCAUUUGUAACUAGUUCUGUCACAUUUUCAAAGCAGUAUGAAUAUGUUGAGACUUGCCAUUAA